UUUCCACCACCAAUUCAAAACAUAAACUUCACCUAUCCAAACAUAAACAAUAACAAUCCAAACAUGAACAACAACAAUCCAAACAUGAACAACAACAGUUACAUAAAUGAUCUCAACAAUGUUUAUUUGUUGCAAUCCAUGCUUGAAGUUAAUGAAAAUAAUAACAUAAACAAUUGGUAUAUGCCACACCAAAAUUACCCAGAAAACAACCUUCCUUUAUUUCCAAACUCAUUAACAAAUUUCCAAACUUUUGAUUUGGAUAGUCCGAAUUUAACACUGGAUUCUCCAUUACCAACUACCCAUUAUGAGAAUGAUUUGGGGUUCCAAAGUCUUGGACCUUUGGGGAUCAAUUCAAGUGAUCAUACAAAUAGUGAUGGAAGUCUUGAUAAAUCUGCUCCGAGUUAUGUCACUGGAGAGAGCUCCGGCGUGGGUAAAGGCAAAAAAAGAAUGAGAAACGCGACUCCAGCCAAGAAUUUGGCGUCCGAACAACGACGUAGAAAGAAGUUGAAUGCUAGAUUGAUAUCUCUUAGGACUAUUGUGCCAAAAAUUACCAAGAUGGACAGGGCUUCGAUUCUUGCAGACGCAAUCUGGUAUUUGAAAGAUCUCAAGCACAAAAUUAAUGAGCUUAGCCUUGAACUUGAGUCGAUCCCUUCAAACUCUUUGGCGUCGCCUGCUACUACCGCCAAAGAGGUGUACCAACUCACCCAGACUGCCAAUGCUGGAACUUCAUCCAUCGAAGGGAUGGGUUUCCAAGAGCCUGCAAGGAUCGAAGUGAGGCAAAGAGAAGGAGGAGUGGUUAAUAUACACAUGUUUUGCAAUUGGAAACCGGGUUUGUUGUAUUCAAUUAUACAUGGUCUUGAUAAUCUUGGUCUAGACAUCCAACAAGCGAUUAUCAGCUCUUUCAAUGGUUUUGUACUAGAUGUUUUUCGAGCUAAGAAAUGCAAUGAAAAUUUGGACAAUGAUCAGAUUAAAGCAGUGCUACUGGAAUCCAUAGAACCUCAAAAUGUGAUGUAGAUCAAUCGUGUGGCAGGAGCGUGUGGUGAAGAAAAUUGGGGAGUUUUGCUGGUGCUAGUUUUAGGGUCGAUAUCAGAAUUCAAACUAUUUUGCUUUGAUUUUGUUUGUGUUUUAGAUUGUGUAGAAUGAUGAUUAAAUGGCCGAAAUCUGAUUACAACUUUUUUUC